GUUGUGUAUAACGGAGUAUAGAAUAGACCGGUAGAGAACUAGAGAAAGCUUUAUUCUUCUAUUCUUCGAGCAGAGCCAGUUCAGCACAGUUUUUUAGAGCAAAGAGUCUAGAAUGUGGGAGCUAGGUGCAGGGCCUCCCUGCUCUGCCCAACCAUGAUCGUGUUAGGACCUGCUUCACAGAUUCUAGAAGAAACAUAUUUGGUUAGCAUCGAAUCCAGAGGAUAUAUACAGGAACCCGAGGAAUUAACAGUACCCUACCCUUUCCAACCUCCCCCACCCUCACCCUCUACCCUACCCCCUGGAGAACCUAUUAACCUACCCGAUCUUAUACCUACAGGAGCUGAUAGAGAUCCACAGGCAUCACACCCAGUGAUCUUCUGUAAACCUAAAACUAAACACGAAGGAAGAAUUGAACUAACUGUAGAUAUGGGUCAUCAAGGUCUUCAUAUCAGGGAUCUUGUUCAUCCCGUUCUUAGUGAACCCUUGAGAAACCAGCAACAAACUACAUUCAAAAUUGUUAAACUUGUGAGUGACUUCAACCACCAGCUCUCUAAGAUCCAUGAGCAGUUUGCUGAAGACAGUGCUCUUCUUGUGGAAGAGUUUAGGAAAAGGACUUCUGAUAUUCUGAAUGACGGGCCUCGAUCUAACAGUUCGAUAUCAAUCAGCUGGGAACAAUGGAUGGCCGACGUUCUUCAGGAUUCUUCUUGUCACACUGAGAUCGCCAGUACCUUAAGUCGUUCCGUGGCAAGAACUCUUCUAGAGAAAACUUUUCAUAUGAAGAUACAAUCAAGAAAAGUGUUUAGUCAGAGGGAGAGUUAUGAAAGCAUUAUAGCGGAGAACGAAGAUAAACUUUCCAAGGUGCAUGGAGAUUAUCUGAACUCCUGGUCCAACCAUGUAGAAAACCAGUCCCCAGCAUCCUUAGCUGCAUAUUUAGAAAGGCAUAAUAAUUACGCCCAGCAGGUUCACUUCACGAAUGCAGUGAUAGAUCAGUACUAUGGAGAGAACCUCCCUCAUCUUCUCCAGGAAUUGGACGAUGUUUAUACAGAUGUAUCUGGGGUAUUUGUGGACUGUUUAGUUGAAGGAUCAUCUACUAUUGCGCAGAAGACCGCUGCAAUGAAUCUCAGGUGGAAUAAAACCUCAGAAAUGGUUCGGAAGGUUAAUUCUGGACAGGAUAUCUCGAUGUUUAUUCAGAGUUUAUCCCUACCCCAGUAUGUUCCAGUGAAUAAACAUACCUUUGUUCCGCCUUUGUGCAAAGAAGUGACAAAUACUGGUAACAAGAAACCUGAUAAAAUACAAGAGAUGGGUUUACCCUUGCGAACCUGCGAGGUUGUUCUGGAUAGGGUAGUUUCAGAAUCUGCAAGAGCUAAGUAUGAAAGCCUGCGUCAUGAAACCAAGGGCAUUGAAGGAAAUAUUAAGCUGAUCAAUGAUAGUCUAGAAACUCUGAUCAGGAUACAAGCUAAGAAUUUGGAUCAACAGCUGUUUAACAAAGCAAACGAAAUCCAAGAGGAAAUCAGUCGUAGGAGAAGGAUUUGUUCUCGAGUAAAGGGAUCAACGAUACAGACGUGAAGAGUCAGUCUGAAGUAAUACCUCCGGGAGGGACCAGGGAGCGGAAGUUAUCAACUUCCUCAACAGGAAGUGUGAAGAGCAAAUGGGUGAAAGCCUUUAAAACAAUAAAAGGCAAAGGCGACGAAAAGCCUGACAACACAGAGUGUUUUUCUAAAAACUCAUGGACCGGGGUUUUUACCCUUAUCCGAAGCAAGAACAGUGUACCGCCUGGAGGGGGUGGAGGAGGAGGGGUGAUAGUGGAGAACUCACAUAUAUUCCAGGAGUAUACAUAUAAGAAGAUUACACCAUGCGACGUAUGCUCCCAGAUAUUACGAGGUCACACCAGACAAGGGUUAAAGUGUAAGAUGUGUAGAAUGAAUGUUCAUCCUGAUUGUCAAGAAAAGGUUGUAAAGUGCCAACCUAAGAGUAAACUCCUCCGCAGACAGAAAUCUGCCUCAGAUAUUGAUAUUCGCUUAACAGACGAAGACGACAGUUGCUUUAGAGGAUUUCGAAAAUCAGAGUUUGUGGCAAGAACUCAGUUCCAUUCUGUGUCUCUAGGGGGUGGAGAUGGUAGGGGAUCUAUGACAAGGGAGGAGAAGAGCGGAACAAGGAUGGAGAAACAGCUGCUCAGGGUUAGAUCUCAGAACCAACUGAUGGGAGCCAACCCGCCCUCAGUCCGUAGUUUCGGCUGGUUCAGAGGAGGAGGGAGUAGCGGAGGGAGUGGUGGAGGGAGUGGUGGAGGGAGUGGUGGAGGGAGCGGCGGUGGGAGUGGUGGAGGAAGUAGUGGGGGGAGUGGGGUUGGCGGAGGAGGGAAUGGAGGAAUAGAUAGUAGGUUUGGAGGUGGAGGGAUGAGUGGAUUCGGAGGUGGAGGUGGAGGAAGUGGCGGAGGAAGUCCUAGCGGCGGAGGUGGUUUAAUGCUUGGUAAGGAUGGAUUAUGCUGGAGACCUAAACUAACUGUACGGCAUAAAUCUUCAUCCUUGGACAAUCCUGAAAUAUCCUCUAAUCAAUAUCCUUCAGCUCCAGUUCCUUUAAGUCCGAUUGGAUGCAGAGCACCUCCUGGUAUGUUGUCUAAAGGCCCCAGGGGUGAUAAAGACCAGGGUACACAAUCACCACAUUUUACCUCCCCUGGACACUCACCGAAAAUGAGCCGACAAUUACCGAGCAACAUUUAUGCCGUUCUUUAUAAUUUCACCCCCAGAAGAGAAGAUGAACUCAGUGUCUCUGCUGGAAGUACUGUACACAUACUAGACAAGAACAAUCCUGACUGGUGGCGGGGUCGGUGUACUAUAACUGGUUCUACUGGCUACCUGCCUUCCACCUACCUGACCAGAACACUACCAGCAGAACGGGUUUUUAAAGUAGUUUCUCCUUGCAGUCUUAUCAGUAAAAAUGGCGAGGUAUAUAAUCUCAUUCGUGAUCAAAUAGUUCUUGGUUUACCAUCACUAGAGGGGGACACAGAUAUCAUUGUUAGAACAGGUGAAAGUGGCCCCCCUGUAAGAGGUAAGGUAUCUAUAAGAUAUCUGGCUCCCAUCUGAAAAUUCUCGCAACCAACUCCAACAUAUUCUCCUACCCAGAAUUUGAUUGCCGUGGCUCCAACCUUGAUUCUUCUCCACAUUCUGACUCUGUCUUUUCUUAUGAUAGAAAACUUAUGACAAGUUCUAACUUAUAAAAAUGUAUUCCCCAUGUUUUAAUCAGUAACUUUUAAUAAACAAGUGGCUUAAGACUGUUUAUUGUUUGUAUCAAAGGCCCCUAUUGUAUCAUGUUUUAAUGUCUAUCAUUAUUUCAAAGAACAUGUAAGAUGUUUUUUUUUGUCUAGAUGUAUACCCGUUAUACAUCUGUACUCACUGAAAUGUACACUGUGCACUGUACACUUUACUCUGUAUAAUGUUUACUUUAUAGUGUACACUGUACUCUACAAAAAAAAUUACAUUUGAAAUGUUCUUUUAAAAAUGUUCUAUUUUUUGCAAACCUUGUAUUAAACUGUAAUAUGCACCAAAUCUGUAAAAGCAAAGUCAUUACAAUUAAAACAUUUGUUCAACACUA